UUUACAAACUGCUGCAGCCGCUUCAUCUUUCAUUCGGGCUUUGUGAAGAUCCGAGGACUCCGAAACGUUUGUAAAAAUGAGUGAAAUCAAGCCGAACGACUCAGCUCCGACCGAGGAUAGCGGAGAAGAGACAGACUGGGCAGCGGCCAAAGCUUUUUUUGACAACCUCAAAACAAACAAACCGAGACCUCCCAAACCCCGGUUUGCUGUCACCGUCGCAGUGUCCUCGCGCACCCUCUUCAACAUGGUGGCAGAGAGGAAGAUCUAUGAGGAUGAAGGGUUGGAGAAGUACGUGGCCUAUCAGGUGGAGCAUGAAAACGAGCCUCUGAAGCCAGGACCUGCUUUCCCCUUCGUCCAGGCGCUGAUGAAUGUCAACUCGCGGCUGAGGGAGCUCUACCCAGACAGCGAGGAGCUGUUUGACAUCGUCUUAAUGACUAACAACCAUGCCCAAGUUGGAGUGCGCCUCAUAAACAGCAUUAAUCACUACGAUUUGACCAUAGAGAGAUUCUGUAUGACAGGAGGGAAUAGUCCUACAGGCUACCUGAAGGCCUACAUGACAAACCUGUAUCUCUCCAAGGACUCGGAGAAAGUCACAGAAGCCAUAGAAGAAGGCAUUGCUGCAGCCACGAUGUUUAUGCCGGAAACGGAGACUCAGUUAAGCAAGACUCAGCUGAGAGUGGCGUUUGAUGGCGACGCCGUCCUCUUCUCAGACGAGUCGGAGAUCAUUGUGAAGAAGCACGGCCUGGACACCUUCUUUGAGCACGAGAAGGAGUUUGAGAACAAACCUCUCGCUCAGGGUCCCCUAAAGUGUUUCCUGGAGGCUCUGGGGAAGCUCCAGAGAAAAUUCUACGCCAAGAACGAGCGUAUGAACUGUCCCAUCCGAACCUUCCUGGUCACGGCCCGUAGUGCAGCCAGCUCCGGGGCUCGUGUCCUGAAGACUCUCCGCAGCUGGGGCCUGGAGAUCGAUGAGGCUCUCUUCCUGGCCGGGGCUCCUAAAGGGCCCCUGCUGCAGAAAAUAAAACCCCACAUCUUCUUCGACGACCAGAUGUUCCACAUUGAGGGGGCCAAGGAACUAGGAACCAUAUCAGCACACGUCCCCUAUGGGAUCGGACAGAAGUACCACAGGGGGAAACUAAUCGAGCAGCCUGCGAAAAAGGAAUAACGUAAAAAUGGUUAAAAUUUUGAAUACACACUACGUUGAUUUCCUUAAAAAAUGAACUAUUGUCAGGAAAAAUUAUUGAUUAAAAAAUGAACAGCAAUUUUUAAAGGAUUUAGGUAACAAAUGGCAAUGCAGUCAAUAAGUGCAAUACACUAUUUGACUUAAUUCUGCUUUGGAUUCAUUACCAGUCAGUGCCUUUCCACCAGCCUACCUGUGCACCUGUUGACCUGUUGGACCUCUUUUCUUUUUUCUCAUUUACAUUGCAGUCUAUGCUAUUUUCUUUCCACUUUUAUAUUUGUUUUAUUUUUCUAGGUUUUUACUGUUGGUCCAUGCUCAGUGUGACCAGGGCAGUAGAAUGUAUCUGCUGUAGUAGCUGUUUUUUCUGCAUUGGUUCUUUCAUAGACUUAGAAUUACCAGCUGGGUAAAAAAAAUUGCCAAUUCCAGUCAAAAAAAUUGAAUGUUUUUGGUGACUUGAUUAAUUUAGCACAUUUAAUACAACAUAUUAACAUGUUUUAAUAUCAGCCUUAAAGGGAAAUCUAUCAGGGUAUAAUGUCUAUGGCUUACAAGGAACACUGAGGUUGUCUUUUUUGUUACUGUCUUUGCUGUUAAUGUGCACAAACUACAUCAAACUUUAUAUUCCUCAAACUUUUAUACUAAUGUUUUGCGAGUUGUUGGCACUUUUAUAUUGGAUCUGAGUAUCAGGCAGCUCACUGUAACUCUACUUUUCUAUUGUUUUUUUUUAUAGGACUGAUUACAUACAGUAUAUUGUAUAUUUUUGCAGAUAACAUUUUUUUGUGUUUCAUAUUGCAGAAAUAUGCAGAUAUAUGCAUAACUAAACAUCGAGGCAUUCAGCUACUCUCACUCAUUUGUAAAUGUUUACAUCAUGUCUCGUAACAUUUCUGAGUGUCAGAUAAGGUGAUGCUUUGGAUUGACUGUAAUCAUGUCUUGAAAACACAAUAGAAUUAUUUUUUGCGCCAUUUAUUUUUCUAUAUUCUUAUUUUUUUUUCUGCACCUAGUGUUUUUGUUCCACUCCAUUUAUAUGACAUUUACUUGUUUUUAUGUGGGAAAAAAACAAAAAACAAUACCCCAACAUGAUAAUUUUAUAAAAUGCAUUUAUGUUAAAAGAAGUGGUUCCCAAACUUUAUGGCUGCUUACAAAAAGCUGUGUCUCGUCCAAAUAAAGAUUUCCUCUUUUUUCUU